CAUUCUGGGGUUCGUUUAGAGGUUUGAAUUUUCUCGGAGAAAGACAGGCCGACCACGAGGAAAACAGAAACAAGCCGCAGCAACAUCUAAGCCCUUGAAAGGAUCCUGAGAGAGGGGGGAAAGGGAAAACAGCAGCCACCAGCCCAACCACUUGUGUCUUCUGCCCCUUCCCACCUAUCUUGCCCACCCCACCAGCCCACGCUGCUUGGGACUUGAAAUCUGUGGCCGAAGGACCGUCACCACAUAACUUGAAAAAUAAUCAACCACCCUCCCUUCCCAAACCACCCAAAUUCACUCAUCCAGCGUUUACUUUUUUGAAUCCACUCAGAACUUUUUUCUGCGACCCCCCUCCCUAAAUGGAGUUGGGUGGGGGGGGAAAUGAAUACUGAGUUGGCCUUUAUUUUUUAAAAGACUUUUUGAUCCAAUGAGGCCCCCUAAAUAAUUGAGUUUUGGGUCCUGGUUGGUUGUUUUAUUUUUUUUCCUCCAAAAUUUUACCCCCUCCCCCCUGAGCCCGAGGUGCUGACGUCGCAAAAAAAUUGGAUAAAACCACCAUCAUGGGUUCUGGUCCCAUAGACCCCAAAGAACUUCUCAAGGGCCUGGACAGCUUCCUUAACCGAGAUGGGGAAGUCAAAAGUGUGGAUGGGAUUUCCAAGAUCUUCAGUUUGAUGAAGGAAGCACGAAAGAUGGUGAGUCGAUGCACUUACUUGAACAUUCUCCUGCAGACCCGUUCACCAGAAAUACUGAUCAAGUUUAUUGACGUUGGUGGCUACAAACUUCUUAACAAUUGGCUGACGUAUUCAAAGACAACCAACAACAUUCCCCUCCUCCAGCAAAUACUACUGACCCUACAGCACCUACCACUCACUGUAGACCAUCUCAAGCAGACAAAGCCUGUCUCCUUUAGAAAUUUAGAGUUUCCUUUAUCUCUACCCAGGCACACAAGAUACCAGUUUCCCACCAAAAUAUUUUACAUUAUUAGGCAUUUCCCCUUUCUCUCACCUGCAGAGCUCCGGAAAUUGGCCUCAGUCCUUGUCAGCGACUGGAUGGCUGUCAUCCGCUCUCAGAGCAGUACUCAGCCCGCUGAGAAAGAUAAGAAGAAACGUAAAGAUGAGGGGAAAAGUCGAACUACUCCUCCUGAGCGACCUUUGACAGAGGUGAAGGCUGAGACCCGGGCCGAGGAGGCCCCAGAGAAGAAGAGGGAGAAGCCCAAGUCUCUUCGAACCACAGCACCCAGUCAUGCCAAGUUCCGUUCCACUGGACUAGAGCUGGAGACACCAUCCUUGGUGCCUGUGAAGAAGAACGCCAGCACAGUGGUGGUUUCUGACAAGUACAAUCUUAAACCUAUCCCCCUCAAACGUCAGAGCAACGUAGCUGCUCCAGGAGAUGCUACCCCCCCUGCAGAAAAGAAAUACAAGCCACUCAACACAACACCUAAUGCCACCAAAGAGAUCAAAGUGAAGAUCAUUCCGCCACAGCCUAUGGAGGGCCUGGGCUUUCUGGAUGCUCUCAAUUCAGCCCCUGUUCCAGGCAUCAAAAUUAAGAAGAAGAAAAAAGUGCUGUCACCUACAGCUGCCAAGCCGAGCCCCUUUGAAGGGAAAACGAGCACAGAACCAAGCACAGCCAAACCUUCUUCCCCAGAACCAGCACCGCCGUCUGAGGCAAUGGACAUAGACCGUCCAGGCACCCCGGUUCCCCCUGUUGAAGUCCCAGAGCUCAUGGAUACAGCCUCUUUGGAGCCAGGAGCUUUGGAUGCCAAGCCAGUGGAGAGUCCUGGAGAUCCUAACCAGCUGACCCGGAAAGGCAGGAAGAGGAAAAGUGUGACGUGGCCUGAGGAAGGCAAACUGAGAGAAUAUUUCUAUUUUGAAUUGGAUGAAACUGAACGAGUAAAUGUGAAUAAGAUCAAGGACUUUGGUGAGGCAGCUAAGCGAGAGAUACUGUCAGACCGACAUGCAUUUGAGACAGCGCGGCGUCUGAGCCAUGAUAACAUGGAGGAGAAGGUGCCCUGGGUGUGCCCCCGGCCCCUGGUUCUGCCGUCACCGCUUGUCACCCCUGGAAGCAAUAGCCAGGAGCGAUAUAUCCAGGCUGAGCGGGAGAAGGGAAUCCUUCAGGAGCUCUUCCUGAACAAGGAGAGUCCUCAUGAGCCUGAUCCUGAGCCCUACGAGCCCAUACCCCCUAAACUCAUCCCCCUAGAUGAGGAGUGUUCCAUGGAUGAGACUCCGUAUGUUGAGACCCUGGAACCUGGGGGGUCAGGUGGCUCACCUGAUGGGGCAGGAGGCUCCAAGUUGCCUCCAGUUCUGGCCAAUCUUAUGGGAAGCAUGGGUGCUGGAAAGGGCCCCCAAGGCCCUGGAGGAGGAGGCAUUAAUGUCCAGGAGAUCCUCACUUCCAUCAUGGGUAGCCCAAACAGUCAUCCUUCAGAGGAACUACUGAAACAACCAGACUAUUCAGACAAGAUCAAGCAGAUGCUGGUGCCACAUGGACUCCUAGGCCCUGGCCCGAUAGCCAAUGGUUUCCCACCAGGGGGUCCUGGGGGCCCCAAGGGCAUGCAGCACUUUCCCCCUGGACCUGGGGGACCUAUGCCAGGUCCCCAUGGAGGCCCUGGUGGGCCAGUGGGUCCACGUCUCCUGGGUCCUCCACCCCCUCCCCGGGGGGGUGAUCCCUUCUGGGAUGGCCCGGGCGACCCUAUGCGGGGUGGCCCAAUGCGGGGGGGUCCAGGACCUGGUCCUGGACCAUACCAUAGAGGCCGAGGUGGCCGAGGAGGAAACGAACCUCCUCCUCCUCCUCCUCCUCCAUUCCGAGGCGCCAGAGGAGGUCGCUCUGGAGGAGGACCCCCAAAUGGACGAGGGGGCCCUGGUGGGGGCAUGGUUGGAGGUGGUGGGCAUCGUCCCCAUGAAGGUCCUGGUGGAGGCAUGGGCAACAGCAGUGGACAUCGUCCCCACGAAGGCCCUGGCAGUGGCAUGGGCAGUGGGCAUCGCCCCCAUGAAGGCCCUGGUGGUAGCAUGGGUGGGGGUGGAGGACAUCGUCCCCACGAAGGCCCUGGUGGUGGCAUCAGUGGUGGCAGUGGCCAUCGUCCCCAUGAAGGCCCUGGUGGAGGAAUGGGUGCUGGUGGUGGACAUCGCCCCCACGAAGGCCCUGGUGGAAGCAUGGGUGGAAGUGGUGGACAUCGUCCCCAUGAAGGCCCUGGACACGGGGGGCCCCAUGGCCACCGGCCUCAUGAUGUUCCUGGUCACCGAGGCCAUGACCAUCGAGGACCACCUCAUGAGCACCGUGGCCAUGAUGGCCCUGGCCACGGGGGAGGGGGCCACCGAGGGCACGAUGGAGGCCACAGCCAUGGAGGAGACAUGUCAAACCGCCCUGUCUGCCGACAUUUCAUGAUGAAGGGCAACUGCCGCUAUGAGAACAACUGUGCCUUCUACCACCCGGGUGUCAAUGGGCCCCCACUGCCCUAGGGACCAUUUGCCUGCCCCGUUCACACAACCCCUGUGGACUGCAGCCUCGCUCCUUCUACCCUGUUAUGGCUUCUGUGAGGCCCAUUUUCCCUUUUCCCCAGCUGAUGAGGAGCCGGCCCCCUCAGUUCCCACUUGCUUGGGUUCCUGGGGGUUUUCUGAUCACUGGUGCGCAUUGAUGUACAUAUUUUCCUCCAGUCUGGGGAGGAGAGAGACUGGAAACGUUCCUGGACUGCUGAAGAGGAGACCCAGUUGGCUUCACUUUUUGAGAAGAUUCACCCUGUACCCCAAACCCCUUUCCAGUAUUACCCUUAAUGCUUGAGAACCUAAAGCUGGUUAUCCUGGAGAACACCCCUACCCUUCUAUUGCGGGUCCCCACAUGCACACAGAACUCUGACACAGGAUCAGCUGCACUUAAGAAAUCAUCCCAGCUCAGUUCAUUAUUCCUCAUGGGGUGGGGAGAUGGUGAAGGGGUAUUGUGUAUCCCACUGCACUGAGAGGGCUCAAUCAGCUGGAUUUGAGUUCUGGAACACACAUCAUCCCCACUCCUCCCCCAGCGUGGCCUCUCCAUUCUGAGUCCUUUCUCAAGUGGGACCUUGAACUGUCUGUGAACACCCAGUCUGUGUCCUGGGUCUGCUAGGUUUGAUGAUGGUGAACUCAUAUCUGCAUCCGGUGCAAGUUUUAGCUGGCAAAGGUGAGGCCAGUGGUGCUGGUGUGCCUUUGCCAACUACAGCCAGUCUGGAGACUUGAUAAAAUACUUCAGUGAGACCAGCUUCUCAUCAACUUGGGCCUGGCAUGCUGGGCCUGAAAGUCACACUACAUGCACUGCCUUGGGGAGUUAGCUCACUCCCUGCCCCCACCUGGAACCUUGCCAGUGUGAAGGAGGCUUUCAGCUACUUCACCCUGUCAGCCACCUCUGAAUCCCCACCAGGUGCCUUCCUGGGUGGAUUCGACAAGAUGAUUUUGCCCUUUCCCAGUUCUCUCCUUCACCUUGGCAUCAGUUGUUUUCUAUGAAAACAGUGGAUUGGUUGGGUUUUGUGCAGGGUCUUGGGUUAGAGCCAAAAUGGAUUUGAGGAUGAGUAUUUUUUUUUUUUUUUUGGUUUUGUAUAUUUUGUACAUUAAUAAUAAACAGUGGAAAGAGAAGCAGCUUAUUUAA